AUGACAGAUCAAGACUCAGGACGCCCAUUAAUUGUAGGUUCCGAUGCUCCCGAAUCACCGUAUCCUAUAACGAUGAAAGGUGCAGUCGUUCAAGGAUUUGGACGUGGCAGUAAAGAACUUGGUAUACCUACAGCCAAUUUUCCGGAAACGACUAUGGAAGAACUAUGUAAAGAUUUGGACACUGGAAUUUACUAUGGUUGGGCUCAAAUAGCAGUUGAUAAGACGGUUUAUCCAAUGGUGAUGAGUCUUGGAUGGAAUCCUUAUUACAAGAACGAGAAACGAAGUGCGGAGGUACACAUUAUCAAUACAUUUUCAAGUGAUUUUUAUGGUGUUGAACUUCGAGUUAUUGUUUUAGGAUUUAUAAGGCCAGAAAAGGACUAUAGUUCCGUAGAUGCGCUGAUCAAGGAUAUUCAUAUUGAUAUUGAAGCAGCUAAAAGAUCUUUACAAAGAGAGGCAUAUUUAACCUUCAAGGAUAACGACUUUUUUGAAAAGUAA